AUUCUACCAACCCACGCAAACUCAGUUUGCGAUCGUGCUGCUGCAGCGAUAGUCGAACCGAUACUGCCGUGUAAACACCACCAACAUCGCAAUGUCACAGGAUCAGCCCCAAGCGCAACCUCCGUUGCCCGAGCGUAAUGCAUUUAUUCACAACUCUGCCAUUGCUGGUGCAGUCAUUGCACCUCUCGCCAUGCUACUCCCACCACGAAAGAUAGAUCUUCGAUUCUUCGUCCUCGCCAGUGCCUUCUCUCUUGCCACAAACCAGCUCGCUUACGAGUACACGGGCUCGUCAAUCUACUCACGGUUCGGCAACCGUGUGGGCUCUAUAUUCGGAACCGAACUUCCCGAAGGCGCUCAGCGCACCCAACGACUACUACGUGAGCACCGAGAGCGCGAGGCGGCACUCAAAGCUAGACUAGGCCAACAGAAUCCACAAAGCGAAGAGGAGAAGACAGGUGUGGCCAAGGCGCUCAACGAUGUGUGGAUGGGAGGCGAGGAAAAGAACUGGCGAGAGCAGCGUGCCAAAGAGCAUCAACAAAAGAUGGAAGAGGGCAAGGGUAUCGGCGAUAUCAUCAUGGAGCAAGUCGCAGAUGUCUGGAGUGGAAAUUGGGGAAAGGGUGCCAAGAAACAAGAUGACGAGACCACAACGGGCGAUUCUUCAUCGAUCGGGAAGAAAUAACACUAUCUCAACCGAGGAGAGACAACAUAGAUGUUCAAACAACACUGGAGGGGAUCAUCUAGUCCUAUACCCAUUGUCGACAAAAUGCGACAUGCACAAGACCG